CAGUCCAAGGACAUCAUUCUACUGGAAAGGGGGGGAAGUUUGAUCCUCUUUCUCACGGAUUGCAGUUACGGGAGUUGUCUCCCCACUCUACAACCGAAGGAUUGUUUUUUCCCCGAUUUGUUUCAUUUAGUUUUUUUUAUUUUGAAAUUUACUGUUUCAGCACACCGCAAUCGUGUUCCCGUUAUUCGCACCUAGCGUAAGCUCCACUAACCUGGGCUUUCAGUUUAAUUUUCUUUUCUUUCAUUGUCUACGUCUGAUUUAGCCCAAUGACUAUGCUUCUUGAUAGCGGUCCGCAGUUCCCUUCGCUAGGAGUAGGGGGAUUCGGAACACCACGACACCAUGAAAUAGGAAACAGAGACCCAAGUCUGGGACUGAAUCCCUUCGCUGAUUCCUCUCACUCCGCAGCUUUCAAAAUCAGCCCGGUGGCUCACGAUAUCGCCUCCAGCCAGACUUCAGCUUUUACCCCGCAAGCUACUGGGUAUGCAGCUGCCCUGGGACACCAUCACAGCGGACAGGUGGGUUCGUACGGCGGGGGAGCGUUCAAUACGACCCGGGACUUUCUCUUCCGGAACCGUGGCAUGGGAGAGUCCGCUGCUUCGAGUGCCCAGCAUGGGAUCUUUGCCGCGUCUGCGGGGAGCUUGCACGGACCUCCUGGAAUCUCUGAUAACCCUGGACAUUUGCUAUUUCCAGGGCUUCACGACCAGGCGGUAAGCCAUACUUCACCAAGUGGACAUGUAGUCAACAGUCAAAUGCAUCUUGGUUUACGCGGGGACAUUUUUGGAAGACCUGACCCGUAUCGCCCGGUCGCAAGCCCUCGGACGGAUCCUUAUGGCGCUGCUCAGCUCCACAACUACAACCAUCCAAUCAAUAUGAAUAUGGGGAUGAAUGUGCCGACACACCAUGGUCCAGGGGCCUUCUUUAGAUAUAUGAGGCAACCAAUUAAGCAAGAAAUGUCAUGUAAAUGGAUAGAUGAAAAUCAGAUGAACCGACCCAAAAAGACUUGCGACAGGACUUUCAGUACAAUGCACGAGAUGGUGACGCACGUCUCAAUGGAACACGUUGGCGGCCCCGAGCAAAGUAACCACAUAUGCUUUUGGGAGGAUUGCCCGAGAGAAGGGAAAUCUUUUAAGGCCAAGUACAAACUCGUGAAUCAUAUUCGUGUACACACUGGAGAGAAACCCUUCCCCUGCCCAUUUCCUGGAUGUGGAAAAAUAUUCGCCAGGUCGGAAAAUUUGAAAAUUCACAAAAGAACACACACAGGUGAGAAGCCGUUUAAGUGUGAAUUCGAUGGGUGUGACAGACGCUUUGCAAACAGCAGCGACAGGAAAAAGCACAUGCACGUGCACACAUCUGACAAGCCAUACAUCUGCAAAGUGUGCGACAAGUCAUACACACACCCCAGCUCUCUCAGGAAACACAUGAAGGUACACGAGUCUCAAGGUUCCGAGUCGUCUCCAGCAGCAAGCUCUGGAUACGAGUCGUCCACACCACCAGUGCUGGUGUCAGCGAACACUGAAGACCCGACAAAAACACCACCGUCAGCUGUACAAAACACGUCUGCUCACAGUGAUGGACUGCCACCCAACUUUAAUGAAUGGUACGUUUGAAGUCAGAAGCAGCCUUUCAGUGUGGACCAAGAGGUUUAGGAAACCUUAAAAACUACUCACAUUAAGGUAUAUAAAAUGGGAUUUGAAGAUCAUGAAGAAAUGAGAGCAAUCAAGCGGAAGCAGCCCGCAUCUGUUCUCAGGAUACGAAAUUUGACUUUUAUUCCGAGUUCGAAGAAAACAAAUAAAUCAUAAAUAAUAAAAUAAUACUUUCUAAGAAUAAAUAAAAUGUUUUUCUUUUUUUAGUUUACAGAUUCCAGAUGAUUAUUUUAUUUUUCAUUUUAUGUAUUUUCUCAAAAUUUAUUUAAAAAAGGAAAUGAAAAUAUUUCACGGUGUUUUAUAUAACGGUGACACAUACUGUCGCCUUUCAAUUGAUUGUUAAAACUUCAGACAGUCUUAAGAAACGUGCCAAAGUCUUUGUCUUGAACUUGAACAAAAAAUAAAUCAUAAAUAAAUAUAUACUCGUGAAUGUAUUUCCUUGUUUGAUGGGGUCGAAUCUGUUGUCAACGUCCGUUUUCAGGUGGAGAAAUGUGGUAUUAGGUUACGAUUGUUACCGUUGAAUAUAACGUUGCCUUUUGUUAAUAACGUUGUAAAUACAUAUCCAUGAUGCCAUAUUUAUCAAUUUGUAAUUUAAUUAUGGGUAUACGUUCUGAAACUGAAAUGAUAUUUAUGGAAAUGUUUUCUAACAAGUCUGUACAGUUUUGGGUCAUAACCAGCAUAACAUUGAACAAAAUCGUCAACUCAAAAGUUCCAAUAUUGCGAUUGUAUCUUUUUUUUAACCAAUACAUGUGUCUUAUUUGGAUCUGAGAUAUCAUCUAUAUAAAUAUUAUGGAUUUGUCUAUAUAAUGCUGAUUUUCCAUCACUUUUUACUUUAGCUUAUGAGACCAUUGGUCAUGUAAAUCAUCAAUUCUGUAAAGCUGAAUUGUUGUCAAGUGAGUUGACAAACUAUAUAAAACGAUUCUGUCGAUAUCCGCAUUUUGGUCAAAUUAACUUUUUGUGUAUUUUACUUUUAUAGAAUCAGCGAGUAGACUUCAAGUGUAGCAUAACAUCAGUAUAUGAGACAUCCAUCAGCCAUUGCACUCGCCGCAUUUGCAGAUGUAUUAGUACAAACUACAAAGUUCAUGAAUUCUAAACCAAGGUGACAGUAUUUGGAGUAUUUCAAAUUAAGGUCAAAUACCCAAACAUAUGAGCGAGUAUGGCAGUCCUUUAUAGUUCCAGCAAUGUCUUUGUGCAAGUAUGUUUAAAUGUGUCCAUCGGCAACAAUGGAACUGUCACAACACAGUAUCUUCAAAAUAAAAGUUUUUUGUCUGUCAGCUUGCAUUGUUUUAAAUGUAAUUCUUCUGUGAAACUAAGCGUGUUAUCUGUUAUAAGUACUGUGGUGUUGCAUAUAGAGCAGUUUGAUUACACAUUUGCUUGUUUUGUGUGAAUAACUUGUCAAUAUGACAUUUCUGUGUGAACAAGAUUUAGACAAAGGAAUACUAGAUAUAUGUGGCUUGGGGAGAAUAUGUUCAGUGGCUCAAAGAGUUACAGCAUUGCAUUGUAACCUAUUCUCAAGAAUUGAAUCUUAUGCAUACACAAAAUAUAUUGUGCUUAUAUGAGAACGAUUUCAGACCACCAGCACUACUCUUAAAACAAAAUGUAAAAAACAGUACCUCGUAAGUGACAGUGAUAUAUGAAAUACGUUUAUUUAAAUAAUUUAAGGAAUAUAUGUUUUAUAUACUAUUUUAUAUACCUUAAUUUAAAACAAAUACCUUUUCUUAUUCCACCACCUUUCAUGCCCAAUGUUCAGAAGUCCAAGAAUAUUUCUGAUGUAUAAAAGCAGCUAGAAUGUGAUGUUGUAACACUUUCUGGGAGAAAUGGGUAAUGCUCCAAGUUAUUCCUGAAAAGCAAAAUGUUUUACUGAUGAACUGUGUCACUGUGCCACAAUCGAGGCAAUGACAACAGUAAGCCUAUUCGUUAUUUAGCUGACAGGGACAUUGGUUUCUUGUACUUUUUAAAGUAGGCAAUUGUUUGUUGGUUGAUUUGUUUUACCAACUAUUUAUGAAGAAAUGUGAACAUAAAUUUUGACUGAAAUUAAAAAAAAC